AUGGAAGUGCAAUCGGAACCUUUAGAUUUAUCAACGAAAAAUGGCGGCAAAAUGUCAACAAUUUUAGAUUUAAAAUUCCUCGCGGGCUUGAACGACCACUUGGUCAAACUUUAUGAAAGAGCUCACUUCGCGGAUAGCUGCGAGAAGUCAACAAAUUGUUUUUCUCAGCGAGGCGGUGUCAAGAAUGUAUUACCCUGUCAAGUUUGUUUCAAAACUUUUGACAGGCCAUCACUAUUAAAGCGACAUAUGCGCACCCAUACAGGCGAGAAACCGCACGUGUGCAGCGUUUGCAGCAAGGGUUUCAGCACGUCAAGUUCACUGAACACGCAUAGGAGAAUACACACAGGUGAAAAGCCACACAAAUGUCCGGAGUGCGGGAAAUGCUUUACGGCCAGCUCCAAUCUGUACUAUCAUCGCAUGACGCAUACCAAAAACAAGCCGCACAAGUGCGGGCGCUGCCCGCGCUCGUUCCCCACGCCCGGCGAGCUGCGCGCGCACGCCGCGGCGCACGCCGGCCUCGCCAGACCGCUCGCGCGACAACUCGCCGGACAACUUGCCACACAAAUCGUUAGCACCAGUUUAUACCCAUUUGGUGUAGCGCCUGCUUUAUCCAAGCGCCAAAUUAAUGCCGCUAAUUAUAUUUAG